AUGUCGUCUUCCAAGGCGGCACUGAAGGCCAUCGCCGAUGCUGUCAAGCAGCAGAAGUACGACGAUGCCCUCCAACAGGCUCGGGACUUCACUCAGAGAGAACCUAGAAACUACCAAGCUCUCGUUCUGUUGGCUCUCGCUUUGGACAAGACCAACAGGCUGGAUGAGGCAGAGGCAACGUAUGACGCGGCCACGAAGCUGAAACCUAAUGAUCCCCAGGCCUGGCAGGGUCUCAUCAAGCUCUAUGAGAAGCAGGGCCCAAAGAAGCUCUCUUCUCUGCAGACUGCCACUGUCUACUUGGCCGAGAUCUUCCGGGACUCUGACCAAACCUACAAAUACCAGAAGAUCGUAGACGAUUUUAUCGCUUUUGCCCGCGCUCAAGGCACUGCUCAGCAGUAUGUCGACGCCUUGGGCUUGACCCUACCGGACAGCCCUGUCUACUCGGCGGUCGAGGGCCGCACCCGCCCUGCGGAGACGUAUGAGACAGUUGCCAGGAUCAUUGAGGCAGACGAGAAGAAGCAGAUCAAUUCUUUGAUCGGUGAGCGGAGGACCAGGCUCGGCGCAAAGGUCAGCGAAGUUACCAUCGAGGUCAAGCGGGAGGUGCUCGGCCGCAGCCGUCUGGGCCACAUCUAUCGCGAACUCAUCAAUUGGUCCAAUGACGACGAGGUUCGUCGCCAAUAUGAGGAGAAGCUGCUGCAACACUGCCACGACCGCCUCCUAGCGUUUCCUCACGGCCAAGAGAAGGCGCAGGAGUUACAGGUCGUCCUCAAGCUAGCCAGGGAUAUGGUCAUCAUCAAGCACCCAUACAGGCUCGCAUGGGAGAUAAAUAUUGACUGGAGGGAUUGCAAGGACACGGGAGACUGGGAUGCCACUGUUCUUUGGGACUACUGCACAUUUUUCCCCGACAGCGACUUGUGCAGAGUCAUCACCGGCUACCUCAGCAGCGACAUCUCGCCAUUCCCCAAGCUCGAGCCGCAGCCUGAAACUCCUGACGAAGGCGGCCAUGCCAGCGAUGAGAGCGAGGAUGACGAUGAUGGUGGGGCGCCAACAACCGUCAUUCCGUUGACUGACGAGGAUCGAUUGCUCAUGAUGUCAGAAGCGAUUUUGACAACCAAAUCCCUCUUCGCCCACCGUUUGGUGGUUGAAUAUUACGAAUCAUUGCAGGAACAUGAGAGCAAUGUUGAGUUAACGCGCAAGGCUCUCCGUCUGCUGAAGGACGAGCGGGAGAAGACAGGCAUGGGUUUCCAAGACACCAGUGACAUGUUCAAACUACACCUCGCCACGGCGCUGGUGUUCUACCAGUCUCCACGCCAUCAUAAAGAGGCAAAGGAGUUAUUCGACGAUGUGUUGAGCCGCGACCCCGUAUCAACACCUGCCCUGAUCGGAGUGGGUUUGAUUUUUGAGGAGGAGGAAGACUACGACGAAGCCAUUGACUUCCUGGAUCGAGCCCUCCAGAGGGAUCCUGAGAACCUCCGCGUUAAGUCUGAGGCAGCCUGGGUGAAAGCACUCAAGGGUGAUUACUCAACCAGCGCAGCGGAGCUUGAGCAAUGCAUACCCUUGAUCACAGCCAAGAGCGACGCCGCUCAUGACCUCUUGGCCCAGACGUUAUACCGGCUUGGUAGCUGCAUUUGGGCACUGGACCCUUCAAAGGCCGCGAGAAAAAAUCGCGGACCUGGCGGGGCCUACUCGUGUUUCCUGCAAGCCCUGAAGAGCAAUUUGAGCUUUGCACCGGCGUACACAAGCCUAGGUGUGUAUUAUGCCGACUACGCCAAGGACAAGAAGAGGGCCAGAAAGUGCUUCCAGAAGGCAGUCGAGCUGUCGUCAUCUGAAAUCGUCUCUGCAGAGAGGCUCGCACGCUCCUUUGCAGACGAGGCUGACUGGGAUCGAGUUGAGCUCGUCGCUCAGCGCAUUGUCGACUCGGGCAAAGUCAAGCCGCCACCGGGCUCCAAGAGGAAAGGGAUCAGCUGGCCGUUCGCGGCCCUUGGUGUCGCAGAAUUGCACAAACAGGAUUUCCACAAAGCCGUUGUGUCAUUCCAAGCCGCUUUACGAAUAUCUCCUGACGAUUAUCAUUCCUGGGUAGGACUCGGAGAGAGUUACUACAGCUCCGGCCGCUACGUCUCGGCCACCAAGGCCAUCCAAAAUGCGCAGAGGCUAGAGGAAAUGUCAGAUGCCACUGGAGACGUGGAGACUUGGUUCGCUAAGUUCAUGCUUGCUAAUAUCAAACGCCAACUAGGUGAUUUUGACGACUCUAUUGAGUUGUACCAAGAUGUCACUCUGCACAGACCAGACGAAGAGGGCGUGGCCAUUGCGCUGAUGCAGACACUUGCUGAUAGCGCAGCGGACUGUCUUAGAAAGGGCCUCUUUGGUAAAGCGGUGACAACAGCCAAGGGCGCCUUGGAGUUCGCCACCAGAGCUCCGGAAGGUAUCAAGAACACGUUCAACUUCUGGAAAACGGUGGCAGACUCUUGCUCGAUUUUUACAAGCAUCCAGGGACACGUUACAGAUCUGCCCAUCGAAAUUAUUCGUCAACUACUCGGGGAUAACGAUGAUGCGCUAGGAUUCGAAGUGUUGAAAGAGGUCGACGGGGUUGGACACAAUGUCGUAUUUGCCAAAGGUAUAUUUGCCGAUGACGAGAGAGUUGGUGUCGAUCUCACCCGCGCUCUCCAUGCUACCAUCCUUGCACACAAACGUGCUAUUCACGCUUCAGCUCACGAUGCGCACGCACAAAGUGUAGCAUAUUACAACCUCGGUUGGGCAGAGUACCGUGCGCAUCUGAAUCUUCCUGAGGAGUUCAAGGGCAGAUCUAGUCGAUACUCUAAAGCCGCCAUCAAAUGCUUCAAGCGAGCCAUAGAGCUGGAAGCUGGCAACGCGGAGUUCUGGAACGCACUCGGCGUGAUUACAAGCCAGAUCAAUGCGGCUGUCUCACAACAUUCUUUUGUUCGCAGCCUGUACUUGAAUGAGCGAAAUGUUCAGGCGUGGACAAAUCUAGGUACUCUUGGGCUGCUCCAGAACGACCUGGAGUUGGCGAACGAGGCAUUCACCAGAGCACAAUCCACCGACCCCGACUACGCCCACGCAUGGCUUGGCCAAGGCCUCGUGGCCUUGAUCUAUGGCGAUGUGAAAGAAGCCCGUGGUCUCUUUGCCCAUGCCAUGGAAAUUGCCGAGGCCUCGUCGUCCAUCUCCAGACAGCAAUACUCUACGUCAAUAUUUGAUUCUAUAUCGACGUUCUCCACGGAUGCUGGUAUGACAUCUCUUAUCCAGGCGAUCUUUGCACUAGGCCAGCUUCGAGAGCUAAAGCCACAGAACCUUGCCCUGGGGCACCUGCGUGCCUUGCUGCAGGAGCGGAGUCAUGAGCAUCAGUUAUCGGCAAAAGUCCUAGAGGAGAUGUGCUCUGUUUUAGAAGCAGAUUACGAAGUGACUGAGUCUGCGCAGUCACUAAGGAGAUUUGCACUCGCGAAGACAGAUCUCGCCAGGGCUCAUCUCGCCGUUGGUUCUUACGAUCGAGCGGUUGAUUGUGGCGAGACGGCUCUGCAACUCAGCAGUGACGAGUCAGACAACGAAUUGAGGGCAGAAGAGCGAAAGAAGGCGAGGCUCUCUGCGAACUUGACGGUGGGUCUCGCCCACUAUCAUCAAAACAACCUGACAGAGGCCGUGGCGUACUUCGAUGCUGCUCUGCAGGAAUCAGACAACAAUCCUGAUGCCGCUUGUCUGCUUGCCCAGGUACUGUGGGCAACAGGGUCUGAGGGUGCCCGAGACAAGGCCCGCAACCUACUGUUCGAUAUCAUUGGCGACAGACCCGAUCAUGUGCAGUCGGUUGUCCUGCUGGGCGUCAUAGGGAUCCUAGAUGACGACGAAGAGAGUCUUGAUGCGGUGCGCAUUGAGUUGGAGAAACUUCGCACAAGCGAGAAGACCACGUCUGCGGAACAAUUGUACAUAGGAGAGGUUCUACAAGCGGCUGCAGCCCUGACGGAGGAGGGUACGGGGCAGGGACCGCUGGCUCAGGCGCAGACGGACACCCUUCUCUAUCCUCAUCUGCCACACGGCUGGUCUGGUCUCGGGGACAUGACAGACAAUAGUGAGGAGUUUCCAAGGGAGAUGGCAGUCCGUGUGGCAUCACAGGCCAUUCCACCCAAGGGUCAUCUUGGCGCAGAGGAUCUGGCGAAGGCUUAUGGGUCCACUGGGCGAGCUCUCAACUCGCAGGUCUCGAUUGUGCUGGCGCCAUGGAUGAGAGAUGGUUGGCACGACCUUGUUGGCGUUGUGCGCAAGCAGUAG